AAGACAAGCGUGUUGUGUAACGAGAAGCGGAUCAGCUGUUUCCGAGGCUGAUCAGCUGUUCAGAGGCGAAUCAGCUGGUCGCGGGAGCCGCCUUCGCAAGCGCCGGGAAAGUGCGGUAUUCUGCUCUUUCACACCAUGUUGCAAACUCUCCUCCUCAGAAGCAGGGCAGCUGCAUUUGUUAAGUCACUUCGCACUCCUGUGUUGAAAAAAAAAGUCAGCGAUGUCAUCAAGCUCUCAAUUGGAGGAACAGUUGUGUUUGUUGGCAUCAACUUAUACUUCAAGAAUGAAAAGUUUUAUGACACCUGGGUGAUGCCCAUCUUCCACUCUGUAGACCCAGAAACCGCCCACAACCUAGCAGUGAUGGCAGCAAAGUACAACUUGGUACCAGAGGCAAAGCUGAAGGAGUCCAAGUUAUUGGAAUCCAGAGUGGUGAAUUUGGUGUUCAAAACCCCUGUUGGCCUGGCAGCAGGAUUCGACAAGCAUGGAGAGGCUGUGGAGGGAUUGUUCCGCAUGGGAUUCAGCUUUGUAGAGGUGGGCUCUGUAACCCCCUUGCCCCAGCCAGGCAACCCAAAGCCUCGAGUGUUUCGACUCAAGGACGAUAAGGCGGUCAUAAACAGAUAUGGCUUCAACAGUGUUGGGCAUGAAGUUGUACAUGCCAGGUUAUCACAACUGCAGCCUCCAGGACAGAGACCAGGAAUUCUAGGCAUAAAUCUGGGGAAGAACAAAACCUCAGAGGACUAUGUACAAGAUUAUACUCAGGGAAUUGCAAGUUUUGGCCCCAUUGCAGAUUAUCUUGUUGUUAACAUUUCAAGCCCAAAUACCCCAGGACUUAGAAAUCUGCAGCACCGAGGAAAGUUGGAGAAGCUGGUGGAUGCAGUCGUUGAUGCAAGAGACAACCUUCCUGGCCCUCACAAGCCUCCUAUUUUCUUAAAAAUAGCACCAGAUUUGACAGACGAGGACAAAUUGGACAUUGCAGCAGUGGUGAGAAGGAAGGGGCGACAAGUGGACGGGCUUAUUAUAAGCAACACAACCAUUUCUCGGCCACACACACUGCAGAGUGCUGAGUGUGAGGAGACGGGGGGGCUGAGUGGACUGCCUCUAAGGGCACUAGCCACCAAGACAAUCAAAGACAUGUAUCAAUUAGUAGAAGGAUCUGUUCCAAUUAUUGGUGUGGGGGGAAUUGCCAGUGGCCAAGAUGCCUAUGACAAGAUCAGGGCUGGGGCAAGCCUUGUCCAGUUGUACACUGCACUCAUCUACCACGGACCUCCACUUAUCACCAGAAUCACGAGGGAGCUUGAGGAACUUUUAAU